ACUUACUAGAAAGGCCAGCUCCAUCCUGGGAACCACUGGACCCAGUGCAGGUGGUGGGAGAGAGCAGGAUGAUGGACAAGCUGUCAUCUCUGCUGGUGAAGGAGUCCCACCUGCAGGUCACUGUCACAAACAUCCCUGUGCCAGGUCUAAAAGUGUCCUCGUCUCCACACCACAUGCCAAUAACUUCAUACUACUCAUAUGUAUAAAACAAUGUUAGCCAGCGCUCUGCUGAACUGUGAGUCACUGUUGAGGACGUCAUUGUAUCACCUACAUCGACUGGGAGGAACCUGGAUGUAAUCCUCAAUGACAGACUGUCUUGCACCUCCAACAUCACUGCUGUGGCCUGAUCCUGCAGAUUUGCCCUCUACAGUAUCUGCAGAAUCUGGUCUUUCCUCACACAGGACAAAGCACAACUCCUGGUCCAAGAGCUGGUCAUCUCCCACCUGGACUACUUUAACUCCCAGCCUCUGCGACUAAACCACUGCAGCGUAUCCAGAGCGCACCUCGUUUUCCAUCUACCCCAGUUCACCCAUGUGACCCCCCACCUCCAUUACCUCCGCUGGCUCAAUGGAACUACAGCCCUCCACCUCUAAACACUGGUCAGACCACACGGCCCAGUCCGAACACUUCGCUCCACUACAUCAACUGGCUGGUAAAUGUAAAUGUAGCUAAGGAAGCUAAGGUCAGAAAACUGUGUAUAAAAACAGCAUGACUGGGAAAAAUGGCAGCACAGGAAAAGAAACGCUGCUGCCACAGAUUUACCCAAGUGACAUCAGUUCACCUCCCUAUAAGAAAAUAAUAACUGGCACAUGGAGACGUCAUGUUAGUGCUCUGAACACGCUUCUUUUCAUUUCCUCCCCACAUAUCACAAACAACAGCAACUCCUGCCCUACGGCAGCUCUGAGGGGACACACCAGCAAUCAAUAAAUCAAAUGUUUUGACAAAUAAUAGAAGAGAAUCUGUAACUGUGGCUGUUUCAGGUCUCCGAUAAGCCCGUUUAAUUUCAGACAACUGGACUGGUCACCUGUGUGUCUAUGUACCUGAAAAAACUUUUAAUCAGCAACUAAUCAAACAAAGAAAAACAAACAGCUCCAGUUCCACAGAAUUGGCCUCAGAUUUUGUAAUGUCUUUAUCGUGAUAUUUCCCUGUAGGUGUGUCUUCAUUUCUGUGGAAUCACUUCUGCUAUUUUAUUAUCAUCGUAACUUUCAUACCACAAAGUGAUUGUUAUCAUCUCUGCACGUAUCUAACAGUAUAUAAGUAACCUCACAGCCACACUGAUCAUCACACCACAAGCUCCAGUUGGAAGUCCAGAAGACUCUCACACAACUCAGCUGAUCGACUCAACUCCACCAGGCUGAAGAAAUGGCAUCAGAGAAAAAAGCAUCUCCUUUCGCAGGUCUGCCUUUCACUCCGGGAAAGAUCUAUGAAGUGAAGAAAGAGGAACUCAGCAAAAUUGUUCCUGACAUCACCAUGGACCCAGACACUGUGAACAAGCAGCUCACGCUGUCUGAGGGAAACAAGAAGGCAACAUAUGGAGCAUGGCAGACAUAUCCUCCCCGCCCAGAGAGAUUUGAAACAUAUCUCCAAGUGCUGGCCAAAGAAGCUCUGCAAGGGAUCCAUUACUGGGAGGUAGACUGGAGUUACAGUCCUGAUGAAUCUGUGUAUGUAGGUGUUGCGUAUGGUAGCACUGACAGAAAAGGGCCAUCAUCUGAGUUUGGAAACAACACUGUGUCGUGGGUUUUUGGCCAAUAUGCUGAACCUGCUUGGUCAGAUCCCGUACUGAGGGCUUGGCACAAUGGCUUAGUGUGGCAAAGUGAUCCUGUCUCUGGUGGCUGCACGAGAGUUGGGGUGCUUCUUGACUGGCAUGGUGGCACUCUGUCCUUCACCAAAAUCUCAGGAAACCAAAGGGUUGCCCUCUACCGCUUUGACACCACAUUCACUGAGCCUGUGUUUCCAUGCUUCUGGGCUGGAAAAAGUGGCAAUUAUGUGGCCUUGCGUCCAGUCAGCUAAGAUCAAUGAUGAUGAUGUGGUGAAUCCCUGGUCUGCUAACAGGGAUAUGGGUUCACAUUGAGAGAAGAACCCAACACCCCAUUUCAGCUUGAGCACGCUUCACAAAUUGAUAAAAUGCAUUAAAGCCCAGAGGGAGCAGGACACCUGAUGUCAGUAACGUUCCUGCGUAUGUCAUUGUGUCUGUAGUGGCACAUGUUGAUCUUCUGCACCGCCAGUUUAAACUUUAACUGCUCGCUGCUUUCUAUUAUAAUUCCUGAUACGUAUAGACAAGAGCUUAAAUCAAUACAUGAUGUCAACUUUAGUAUGUUUGAAUAGAAACUUGCAACACAUGUUAAAAAAAGAUAAAUUGAUUAUGUGUAUGUUGAUUAUUUUGGGAUAUAAGUUUUCUUAAGUGCAUAUUGUUUGAUUCAGCAUUUGUUAUGUUUCUUAAAUGUUUUCAGUAAUCAGUUAUUAACAACAUUGUGAUUAGAAAACAAGCAGGAUCAUUUAGUUUCUCUGCAGUUUGUACUUUUGAUCUGAUCUCAGGUUCAGUCAGUGUCUUUCUGUUGUCUGUUGGGAGGAGAAGCUUCACUGUUGGACACCAGUUAGUUUGAUUGUGAGCUCACUGUAGAUUGUUAUGGAGCUGAAUGGAUGUCAGAUUGAUGUGAAAUGUAAACACCUGUUGGACAUGUUCACUCUCUUCAUGAGCAGAAGACGCUUUUCAAUAAAAUGACCCGAGUCUGCCA